AUGUGCUACCUUCCAGGCUAUCUCUGGUGGCUCAGAGCCUACUACACCCCCGAAAAACCGCAGGCGCCCAUACCACUCAAGGAUGUGCGGGUGGAGGCGCUCAUCGCCGACUUCGUCGUUUCGGUGACCAUCCACCAGACCUUCAUCAACGUCGAAGAACAGCCCAUCGAAGCGGUGUACAUGUUCCCGCUGGAGGAGAAGGCGGCCGUCACGAACUUCGUCGCCUGCAUUGACGGCAAGAAGAUCCGGGGCGUCAUCCAGGAGAAGGAGGAGGCCCGCGCCACUUACGAGGACGCGAUCGCUAGCGGCCAUGGCGCCUACAAGCUGGAGGAGAAGGACGACGAGGCCAACGUGUUCACGGUCAACGUGGGCAACCUGCCGCCGGGCAAGGAGGUCACCAUCUCGAUCACCUACGCCACCGAACUCACCUUCGUCGAGGGACUCCUCCAGUGGCGGCUGCCGUCGACAAACGACAACCCGUCGUACUUUGUUCCGAAGGAAAAGAGCUUCGCUGUGCCCGAACUCAAGCUUACCGUGAAGCUCGAGAUGACCAGCAACAUCAGGACCGUGUCAUCGCCGUCGCACCCGAUCACUUUCGAGUUCGGCGACGAGCCCACGCAGGGCGUGGUCACCAUGCAGCCUUCCCCCGCCGGCACCCCUCCCGUGGACUUUCUCCAGUGGCGGCUGCCGUCGACAAACGACAACCCGUCGUACUUUGUGCCGAAGGAAAAGAGCUUCGCUGUGCCCGAACUCAAGCUUACCGUGAAGCUCGAGAUGACCAGCAACAUCAGGACCGUGUCAUCGCCGUCGCACCCGAUCACUUUCGAGUUCGGCGACGAGCCCACGCAGGGCGUGGUCACCAUGCAGCCUUCCCCCGCCGGCACCCCUCCCGUGGACUUUGUCCUGCUUACCAAGCUCGCCACACCUCAUCAGCCGGGCACGAGGGUGGGGGUGAACGAGAAGGGCAACAAGGCGAUCAUGCUAUCGCUGUACCCGAACCUUGAGCUGAGCGACGAUGACGACGUGUACACGGAGAUGGUGUUCCUGGUCGAUCGCUCCUACAGCAUGGCCGGGCAGCGCAUUGCGCAGGUUAAGGAAACGCUGGCCAUCUUCCUGCGGAGCCUCGGCCCGGGCACCUUCUUCAACAUCAUCGGCUUCGGGUCGCGCACGCAGCACCUCUUCAAGAACGGCAGCGUCGAAUACAACGACACUAAUCUGGAAAUCGCAGCCAAGCACGUGGCGCUGAUGAAUGCGGAUUUGGACGGCACCGACAUCCUCAAGCCGCUGAAGGAGGUGCUGCAGACCAAGCCCAAGGACGGCUACCCGCGCCAGCUCUUCAUCCUCACCGAUGGUCAGGUGGCGAACACGAUCGAGUGCGUCGAGUUUGUGCGCAAGCACGCGGACACCACCCGGGUGUUCACGUUCGGCAUCGGCAGCGAGGCCUCCACCGAGCUCGUCAAGGGCCUCGCUCGCGCCGGGGAGGGAUUCUACGAGUUCGUGCACGGGAACGACUCGAUGGAGGAAAAGGUGAUGCGGCAGCUCAACCGGGCGAUGCAGCCGGCGCUGACCAACCUCGCCCUGACGUGGAAGGGCUUCAAAGUGCGCCAGUCGCCGCACCGCCUGUCGCCCCUCUUCGCCGGCGGGCGCAUCGUCGUCUACGCCUUCCCGCAAGACGGCGAACCACAGACCGGCCAGAUUGAGGUGACGUUGCGGGCCAAGAUUGGCAACAAGCCCUUCAUCUCGAACACCAAGAUCGACCUCAACGACGCCAGACCCGGUGAUCUCAUCCACAAGCUCGCCGCCAAGUCCACCCUCCGGGACCUGGCCGAGUGCCGUAGCUACUUCCACAACCCGAAGGGCGAGGUGGUGCCGGGCAAGAACGUGACGCAGGAGGCCGUUCGGCUGUCGGUGGAGCACGGCGUCAUGUCCAAGCUCACCGCGUUCGUGGCCGUCGAGGAGCGCGAGGAGAUCACCGAGGGCUCCAUGCAGCUGCGCAAGGUCCCCAUCACCUUCGAAAAGAUGACCGACUACAUUGCCAAGAGAAAUCGGCAGCUGGCCGCGCAGAAGUGCCACGAAGAGCAGAAGCGACAUCGUGCUUUGCGUGAUCUGACCGACCGACCCCAACCAGGUCCGCCCCAAAUGCGAGGCAGCUGCGCGCCAAUAAUGGCCAGCAGCGCUUCCUCUCUUCCGAUGAUGUCCGCCCUCUCGUACGACUCGAGCGGCAGCGACGAUGAGUACGCCAACGGCGGCGGCGGCGCACCGGCGGCGCCCAUGGCCCGCGCAUUCGGCAAGAGUGGUGGCUGCGGCCGAGGCGGCGGCGUUUCAAAGGACAAGGUGAUGCUGAAGAAGAAUAAGAAGGCGAGCAGCACCGCCGCGCCGAUGAGGUCCCGCAAGAGCCUCGUCUCAUCGCCGCCGCGGGGCGAGGGCGCGCCGGGUGGCUCCGGGUCCUUCAUCGCCGACGAGCGGUGCAAGGAGGAGGCCGAGGCCGAAGCCUACGCCGGCGGUGAAGACGAAGAAGAAGCGACCGAGGCCGACGCCGGCUCGACCUCGACUCUUGUGCAGCCGCAGCCGCAGCAGACAGCGCCGGAGGAGCCGACGCUGGCGCCGGCGCCGGCGCUCAUGCGGAGCAUUAUCACGAGGCAGAAGGCCAGCGGGUCGUGGGAGGCGAGCGAUGUGGCCGACCUCCUGCAGAUCCCGCUCGACCAGCUGCUGGCGGCGCUCCCCGCCACUGCCGCGUCGGCGUCGGCGCCGGCUGCGGUUCUGGUGCUCUGGGCGACGGCCGUGGCCAGCGCUUACCUGCUGGCGCGCUUCGCCGAUCAGAAGGUCAACUGGGAGCUGGUGGUGCGCAAGGCCCACAAGUUCGUCGCGCGGCAGGCCAAGACCGUCGGCGGCGGCCCAGCGGCGGUGAUCGAUUGGCACCAGCUCGCCGCGGACUUUCUCGCCUCCUUGCCUUGA